ACCCCUCUAAAGAAUACAACUUUAACAUAGUUGCUGUCAGCGGAGAACAGCAGAGCAAACCUCUGCAGGCCAAACAUGAAGCUCAGCAAGCGGGCCUGGAGAUGGUUCAGUCUCAGCAGAGACGAGACGGCGACGCCGCAGAGGACGACAACGAGAUCUCAGAAGACGAGGACGAGUUCAUGUGCAAGACCCCGUCCAUAUCGGACAUCGUCAUCCUGGUGGACGGGUCCUGGAGCAUCGGACGCAUCAACUUCAGGCUGGUCCGGACCUUCCUAGAGAACCUGGUCCGGGCCUUCUCCGUGGAGUUCGACAAGACCAGGAUCGGUCUGGCUCAGUACAGUGGAGACCCCCGGAUCGAGUGGCACCUCAACGCUCACACCACCAAAGAGUCCGUUCUGGAGGCCGUGAAGAACCUUCCGUAUAAAGGAGGAAACACGCUGACCGGUUUGGCUCUGACCUACAUCCUGGAGACCAGCUUCAAACCCGAGUCCGGGUCCAGGCCCGGCGUUCCCAAGAUAGGAAUCCUCAUCACCGACGGGAAGUCCCAGGAUGACGUCAUCCCUCCUGCACAGAGCCUGAGGGAGGCCGGCAUCGAACUGUUCGCCAUCGGUGUGAAGAACGCCGAUGAGAACGAGCUGAAGGCCAUCGCGUCUCCUCCGGAGGAAACCCACGUGUACAACGUGGCCGACUUCAGCGUGAUGAGCGACAUCGUGGAGGGUCUCACCAAGGCGGUGUGCGACCGGGUGGAGCAGCUCGACAAGCAGCUCCAAGAAGGAGAACCGCCCCCCCCGCCCGGCUCCGUGGCGGUGCCCCGUGACCUUGUGACCUCUGACAUCACGGCACGUAGCUUCCGUGUGGCGUGGACGCACGCGGCGGGUCAGGUGGAGAAGUACCGCGUGGUGUACUACCCGGCCAGCGGGGGCCAGCCGGACGAAAAGGUGGUGCCGGGCGCGCAGAGCGCCGUGGAGCUGGACCACCUCAACUCGCUGACGGAGUACCAGGUGGCCGUGUUCGCCGUCUACCGCAGCGCGGCCAGCGAGGCCCUGAGGGGGAGCGCCACCACGCUGGCGUUGCCGAUGGUGAACGACCUGCAGCUGUUCGACAUCACUCACAGCACCAUGAGGGUCCGCUGGAAGACGGCCGCCGGGGCUUCUGGGUACAUGAUCCUCUACGCCCCGCUGACGGGGGGGGAGCCCGCGGACGAGAAGGAGGUGAAGGUGGAGGACUCGGUGAACGAGGUGGAGCUAGAAGCGUUGACUCCGGCCACAGAAUACACGGUGACGGUUUACGCCUUGUACGGAGAGGAGGCCAGCGACCCCAUGACCAGCCAGGAGACCACAUUGCCGCUCUCUCCGGCGAGGAACCUGCGUUUCUCGGACGUGGAGCACAGCUCCACCCGGCUCACGUGGGACUCCGCCUCCAGGAAGGCCAAAGGCUACCGCAUCAUGUACGUCAAGACCAACGGCGUGCAGACCAACGAGGUGGAGGUGGGCCGCGUGACGGCCUGGCUGCUCAGGAACCUGACCUCCCUGACGGAGUACACGGUCGGCGUGUUCGCCGUCUACGACGAGGGACAGGCGGACGCCGCCACCGACAGCUUCACCACGAAGACCGUCCCAGACCCCUCAGAUCUGAGGAGCAGUGACGUCUCCACUGACAGCUUCAGGGUGUCAUGGCAGCCCCCGGCCUCUGACGUGGUUCUGUACCGGCUCUCCUGGACGCCCACGGACAGAGGAGAAAGUGACGAGGUUCUGGUGAACGGGAACAUGAACGCCUACCUGAUAAAAGGACUCCGCCCCCUCACCGAGUACGAAGUCCUCCUCGCCGCCGUCUACGCCAACGAGGCGGAGAGCGACGAGAUCGUCCUGGUCGAGUCCACCGUCGGAGAAACGACCACCCUCGCUACGACGACCACCACCACAGCAACGCCUCGUUACGGGUUCAGGAACAUGAGGAUCGAUGAGGAAACCACCUUCAGCAUGCGGGUGGCCUGGCAGCCCACGGACACCAGGAACGUCCGGCACUACCGGCUGAGCUACGUCAGCACCAAAGGGGACCGGGCGGAGGAGCAGAGGACGGUGUCCACGGGCCACAACAUCCUGGUUCUGCAGCCUCUGCUGUCGGACACCGAGUACAAAGUCUCCAUCACUCCCGUCUACCCCGAUGGCGACGGGCCGCCGGCGGCGCGGACGGGACGAACGCUUCCUCUCUCGGCGCCGAAGAACCUGCGCGUGUCGGAGGAGUGGUACAACCGCUUCAGGAUCAGCUGGGACGUUCCGCCGUCACCCACCAUGGGCUACCGGGUCGUCUACCAGCCCGUGUCCGGUCCAGGACCAGCUCUGGAGACCUUCGUGGGAGAAGACGUGAAAACCAUGCUGAUCGUCAACCUGCUGAGUGGGACGGAGUACAGCGUGAAGGUCAUCGCGUCCUACACCACCGGGUCCAGUGAAGCUGUAUCAGCGCGGGCCAAGACCUUGUAUCUAGGGGUGACCAACCUGAACGCAUACCAGACCAGGACGAGCAGCAUCUGCGCCCAGUGGCAGCUCCACCGCCACGCCAGCAGCUACAGGGUGGUCGCACAGUCUCCGCUCAGCGCUCAGAAGCAGGAAGCGAAGCUGAGCGGAGGAGCCAACCGCCACUGUUUCAGCAACCUGAGGCCGGACACGGCGUACGAGGUGAGCGUCUACGCACAGCUGCAGGACGGGAGCGAGGGCCCGGGGGUCACCGUGAGCGAGAGGACGCAACCCGCCCCGACCCCGAAGCCGACCACGCCCCCCACCACCACGCCGCUACCCACAAUCCCCGCCGCCAAAGAAGUCUGUAAGGCGGCCCGGGCGGACCUGGUCUUCCUGGUGGACGGGUCCUGGAGCAUCGGCGACGACAACUUCCUGAAGAUCAUCCGCUUCCUGUACAGCACCAGCGGCGCUCUGGACCAGAUCGGCCCGGACGGCACGCAGGUCGCCAUCGCCCAGUUCAGUGACGACGCCCGGACCGAGUUCAAGCUCAACUCCUACAGCGACAAGGAGCGACUGCUGGACGCCAUCAACAAGAUCUCCUACAAGGGAGGGAACACCAAGACGGGUCGCGCCAUCCAGCACGUGAAGGAGAACAUCUUCACGGUGGAGGGCGGAGUCAGGAGGGGGAUCCCCAACGUCCUGGUGGUGCUCACCGACGGGCGCUCGCAGGACGACGUCAACAAGGUGUCCAAGGAGAUGCAGAUGGAAGGCUACAUCGUGUUCGCCAUCGGCUUCGCGGACGCCGACUACGGCGAGCUGGUGAGCAUCGCCAGCUCUCCCAGCGACCGCCACGUGUUCUUCGUGGACGACCUCGACGCCUUCACCAACAUCGAGGAGAAGCUCGUGACCUUCGUGUGCGAGGCCGCCACCGCCACGUGUCCGUCCCUACCGAUGAGCGGCAGCACCACGCCAGGGUUCCGCAUGAUGGAGCUGUUCGGCCUGGUGGAGAGCCGGUACGGCAGCGUCUCCGGCGUGUCCCUGGUGCCCGGCACCUUCAACACCUUCCCCAGCUUCCACCUGCACGGCGACGCUUUCCUGGCUCAGCCGACCAGGUUCCUCCACCCAGAGGGGCUGCCCUCCGACUACACCGUCACCCUGCUGUUCAGGCUGCUGCCCGACACCCCCGAGGAGCCCUUCGCCCUCUGGGAGGUCCUGGACCGGGACAACGAGCCGCUGGUGGGCGUCAUCCUGGACAACGGAGGAAAGACUCUGACGUUCUUCAACAACGACUACAAAGGAGAGUUCCAGACGGUGACCUUCGAAGGGCCCGAAAUCAAGAAGCUCUUCUACGGCAGCUUCCACAAGCUGCACAUCGCCGUCAGCAAGACGAGCGCCAAAGUGGUGAUCGACUGCAGCGCGGUGGCCGAGAAGCCCAUCAACGCGGCGGGGAACAUCACCAUCGACGGCCUGGAGGUCCUGGGCAGGAUGGUCCGGUCCCGGGGGAACAGGGACAACUCUGCACCGUUCCAGCUGCAGAUCUUCGACAUCGUCUGCAGCGCGUCGUGGGCCGGCAGAGACAAGUGCUGCGAGCUUCCUGGUCUGAGGAAGGAGGCCGACUGCCCGGCCAUGCCCAAAGCCUGCACCUGCACCCAGGACAGCAAAGGCCCCCCCGGAACUGCCGGACCACCUGGAGGCCCCGGCAUCAGAGGAGCCAGAGGAGAUCGUGGAGAGUCCGGUCCGGUGGGGCUGACCGGUCCAGUCGGGGACUCGGGUGCACCAGGACCUCAGGGGCCCCAAGGACUCCAGGGACACAGUGGACGCUCCAUCAUCGGAACCCCAGGAGGCCAAGGAGAGCAAGGACAGAAAGGUGAAGCUGGACAACAAGGACCUCAGGGAAUAGCUGGCAGACCUGGAGGUCCAGGCAGAGAAGGACCUGCAGGAUCCAGAGGGCUGCCGGGCAAAGACGGCCCGCCGGGGAGACCGGGGCCCUCAGGAACCAUCGGGACCCCAGGAGCCCCGGGGGCCCAGGGUAACACGGGCCCUUCAGGGAAGCAGGGAGAACUGGGCCCGCCGGGUCCUUCUGGGGGCAAAGGAGAGAGAGGUGAACGGGGGGACCUCCAGUCCACGUCCUCCGUCCAGGACAUCGCCAGGCAGGUCUGUGAGCAGCUGAUCCAGAGCCACAUGGCACGCUACAACUCCCUCCUGAACCACGUGCCCAGUCCACCGGUGUCCAUCCGCACUGUGCCAGGACCCCCCGGUGAGCCUGGCAGACAGGGCACCCCGGGGCCCCUGGGAGAACAGGGACCCUCCGGAAGACCCGGCUUCCCAGGACAGAACGGGCAGAACGGGCAGCCUGGAGAGAGAGGUCAAUCAGGAGAAAAGGGCGAUAAAGGAUCACAAGGUGUUGGAGUCCAAGGCCCCCGAGGAACUCCGGGACCACCCGGUGCCCAGGGGCAGGGCAGACCGGGCAGCCAGGGUUCCUCGGGGCGGCCCGGUAAUCCCGGGUCUCCCGGUCGGCCCGGUGUCCCCGGACCCGUCGGCUCCGCCGGUCCUCCGGGCUAUUGCGACCAGAACUCCUGUGUGGGCUACAACGUUGGAGAGGGUGAGGAUGUCACUGACCGCGGCGCUGUCCCCGCAGUCCAACUGCCGCCCAACGUCUACCAGAACUACGGCGAGGCCGAGGAGGACGACCCGUACCGCUACUACGAGCCCAGCUACCCGGCCCCGCGGCCAGUGGCGCCGGACGACCCGGCGUUCGCGCGGGACGACCCCGGCGCCGUCGACCCGAGGUCCACCGGCGUCCACCGCAGUUCCCGGAGCCUCGAGGGAGAGGAGGCGGGAGGCGAGCCCAAGAGGCUAAAGAGAGGAGCGAAGGCGUCGCCUGGACUAAGGGAACGAGGGGAGGCCGCUCGCCGCUUCUGAUUGGGCGGUUUGGAGUUACGAACUAAUCAACAAGUGCCUGACGUAGAGGAUUUCUUAUGGACCUUGUAGAGGGGGGGUGGGGGGGGAUCAGGGCGGGGCUAUUUGACCUCAUCUUUGGAAAACGUUUCUUUUCGUUGUCUUCGUCUCUAAAGCGUCUUUGUUUCGUCGGGUUCGAUUGGAGAACAGAACCCGGUCUGUUUUUUUUUGUUCUCCGGCUCUUUCGGUUCCGCCGUUUGUCUUCUACCCGGUUGGUUAAAGUGCCUCCUGAUCGGCCUGCUGGAAGACGCCGGAAGGAACGUCAAGAUGCAGAGAUGCAAAGAUGCAAACGUGCAGCAGCAGAAUUUAUACACAAUCGUCGCUCUUUUAUGAAUAUAAAUACUUAUAUUUACUUUAACUUUAAGUUGUAUGACUGCAGAGCUCACAUCAUGACAAAUAAAAAAAAAAAAUUCAACAUUUGGAUUUAUGCAUCGAAAAAAUGUAAAAGCUGUAUUUUUAUGUAUCUGACGAUAAAGAAAUGAUGAAAAUAGAUUUCUUUUGCGGCUAGCUGCACAUUUACACAACUUUAUGAAUACUAAUCUGACGUGCGUUUAAAUUCAAAAGACGACACGUGAAAUAAACAAUUAUUUUUGUUGACUAAAAGCUGAAAUGAUAAACAACCGACUGUAAAUAUAAAGACGAUGUUCUCCCUCUGUAAACAAACUAAAUAAGAAACUGUAUGAUCUUCUGCAGAUGAUUCAUCCACCAAACAGGAAGUGAGGUCACCUGAAACAUCUAAAGCUGCGUCUUAAUUAUGAAUUGUGUUUCUUUUAAAGGCUCCUAAACUCUUCUUCUACUCGUUUAUUUAUGUCAAGUUCUGCAUGUUUUUGUUUUUCCAUUUUUUACGUGAUGUUUUUUAUUAAUAGCCACGUUUUACUGUCACGUAUAAGGAUUUUUUUAUUUGUUGUUAUUGUUAAAGUAUUAAACUCCGACUGACGUUGCGCUGCAUUUCAGAAGGUUGAUGAAAAGGAAUAUGUUGUAAAAACAAUAACAAGUUAUUAUAUUUCUGAGUGUUUCUUGUCGAUUAAACGGAGAUCAGGAGUGAAACACGUCACAUUUCUUUUUGGUUUUUGUCUCAUUGAUUCACUUCCUCCUUUUGUAACAUUUAUUUUAAAGGUAAUAUUAGUCAUUGCUCCGUUUUUCACAUUUUUAUUCAGAAUUGAGACGGAUGAAUCCAUAAGUUGCAUUCAUGUCAUAUAGCGAGCGGUUUGGAACAAGGUGUGCUCUGUUCAUGCACAAGUUGUAUUUGAGCUUAAGGGUCAAAAUAAAAAUAAAAACUGGAUAAGUCAAGGAAGUAUUUUAUUAUUACUUGGUUUUGAUUUUCUCAAAACA